AAAAUGCCGGUCGCUGUCCCUGAGCUUGGUUCGUUCGACUUUGUCCCCGAGACCAAGGAAAAUCUCGAAUGGGCGGACCUCAUUACCUUGGAUUUCGACCUCCUCAGCUCUCCCGAGGGCAAGAGGGAACUCGCCCAGACUCUUGUCAAGGGUGUUCGUGAGGACGGCUUCUUCUACGUGAAGAACUUCAACAUCUCUCAAGAGCGCGUCAACCGUCAGUUUGCCAUCGUAAAGCGUUUCUAUGACCUCCCGGUCGAGGAGAAGCUCAAGCAUGUUCCCGAGGGCCUCGGUGCGUAUCGCACCUCCGGCAGAUCACCUGAUAUUUUCCACAGCUUGGACCCGGUUUCUGGGCUGAGGGACCGCGUUGAGAUCUACAAUAUUCCCAAGUUUAACGGCGAUUUUAAGCAUGAACAUCCCGCAAUCAUUCAGGAGAGUAUUGCCGAGAUAGAGGAGUUAGCCAGGUCUCUGCAUACCGAAGUCCUAGAUCCUCUUCAUGUUCUCCUCGCUAUUGCUCUUGAACUUCCUGAAGACUACUUCAUUAAUAUCCACAAGUAUGAAGUCAAGAGCGAGGACCAUCUGCGGUAUAUGAAGUAUAGCAAGUACACUCCAGAGGAGCGCGCCAAGAUCGGUAACCUCUGGCUAUACGGCCACACUGAUCUCGGGUCGUGGACGCUUCUGUUCCGUCAGCCCGUCGCUGCUCUGCAGAUCCAGAACCACAAGACCGGCGAAUGGAAAUACGUCAAGCCGCGGGACGCCACGUUGACGGUGAACGCCUGCGACGCGCUUUCGUUCCUUACCGGUGGAUAUGUUCGCAGCACCAUUCAUCGUGUUACCUCGCCUCCGAAGGACCAGGGGCACGUUGACCGGCUCGGGUUGCUGUACUUCUUGAGACCGAACAAUCAUGUCAAGCUCUGCACGAUCAAAGAUUCGCCCGUCCUAGAGCGCGAAGGGUACACGGACAAUUCGUUCGAGAAGGGCGGGAACUAUGUACCGACCAUGGAAGAAUGGACAUUUGCCAAGCAAAAGUGGCAGCGCACGAAGGGUACCGUUCGUGGCGAUUCUAAGUACGAGAACGCACAGAUCCUUCCUGGAUACAACGAGAAGCAUUAUGCGUGAGAUUGGAAGGAAAUACGUAAAAUGUACUAUAGCAGGAGCCUGGUUGAUUAUGUGCGAUGGACUAGAACGUACACAGCCUACCCCGCCUUGCUUUCACCCAACACAAUAACAGUUCUAUCUUGCCGGUCUUGGGCAUCGCCCUGCAUCGCCUUUAGCACUCAGCUCCUCGAUUCCGCAGACAAAUCCGGUCGCGUGUUUGAUGGAAAAGCUCGCGCCGGAUGUGACAUGUACGACGCCAGUCGCAUGCACGGACUGACCGGGCUGCAUCCGUGCUCGUAGCUCGGCGAUCCCCAUUUACAGCAUCAAAAACGGGUCGCGGUCGCUCGCCCUCCUGCUCGUAGGGGUAGCAGCUGUACUGGUUCCGCGAAAUAGAAAGGGGUGUCCGUGGCUACUUUCUCGUAGCCUUUGCGAAGGAUCCCUGGGCCGCCUUCGGUAAUCCCCGUGUAGUCGCCAUCGGCACCCGCAGACUCGGAAGCCGCCGCGGUGGUAUGGUCGGCUUUCCAGUGUUACGCGCACGGACUCUGGCUCUUUACGUUCGUUCGACAGGUACGUGACGAAACCAUCGCAGAUGAACACUUCUGAGGCGAGCAGAAUCUUCUCGUCCUUACAAAUGUCGACCCCUGAUGUCAUCAGAUU